AUGCUUGAGAGCCAUCGCAAGCGACCGUGCCCUGAAUGGACCAGCACAGACACGAAUAAGGCAGCCAAGACGGCAUAUUCCUACAAUGGCCCUACUUCGUCCCGACGCACGCCCAACCAACUCCAGACUGCGUACCUGUGCAUCCUGCAACUGCAAGCACGGACGCUCGACCGGUUCCGAGCCAACGGCGACUGGGAGACAGCUCGACACCUGCUCAUGACGACAGAAAAAACCCGACACAUCAUCGCCCGAGAACGACGCAGGGCUGUUUUAGCAAGCGAAUGGGUCCAACCUGACGUGACUUGGUCUACUCAAUCCCCCUCCACGUCAAGGAAGCGCGUGUCCUUUAGCGACCGCGUGGACGUCCACGAAGCCUUGGCGAUGGACCGAGUAAACCACUGGGACGACCAGCAACCCCACCCCGAAGAGCUGCUCAUGGUUCGCGCCAUGGGCCUCCAAGCUAUGCCGCGAGCCAACUUUUCCGAGCUCUGGUGACUCCCUGCCCGCCCUUCCAGGUGUCUAGCUGCUAGUCAAACAUAUUUAACGAGUACCAACCAACCAUG